CUAGUCGAUUAUACUGUAUAAGCGUGUGGCUCUUUUAACCUUUGGAUGGUCGAGAUUUGAGAGUUAAUAUCGUCCAGAAAAAUAAGUGUCCAAAUUAGUGUCUCUGCGUAUCACGUAUCAACUAUAUAUACAAAAUAUAAAGUUUCAUAACACAAAGGACGAGCUGAUAGAUCGGUUUUUCGGUUGACGCUAGGAGUUAAAUCUUAUGACGUUAUUGAAGAACCCAUGUUUUUAUUCACGUUAUAUACAAAUAUCUAAUAGUAAAGUAAAAUGUUGAGCGAAAAAUUGCCGAAAUUUUUUGGGCAUCAGUGGCGCCACCUAUGUCCAAGAUCGUCAAAUAAAUCGGCAAGUAAGUAUAACUAUGAACCGACAGAGAAUCCCAGUAAAAAAAUAUCCUGUGUUCUUCAUUAGUAUAAUGUAACAAAAGUCGAUAUGAUCUCUUAAUUGUGUUAAAUAAUGAGCUAGAAAUUUAGUAUACCAAUUUCCACUCAGCGAAGAUCACGGAUUCAGAAUCCAAUAAAACAAUGAUGGUUUGAAGGUGAGAAGAAUUUCGAACUUCUAGUUGCGCAUGCGUACUCGACGAACGUUAAGAGUACAUAACCUCAAUAGCGUAGCGUUGUUGCUGUUUGUUGGGUACAAGGAGGUUGGGUAUGAAAAACCGAUAUGAAGUGAGAAGCGCAUGCGUGAAUAAAAAUGAAAUGAAAAUAAUGCGGUGAAGAGAGAGAAAAAGAGCAGCUGGUAGAAGCUUGCUGAGGCUGAGUGACGGAGAACGGAGAGAGUCAGUUAAAGCAAAACCUACGGAUUGGGUGGUUUGGAAUGGCCGUUUACGUCAACCUAAAUUUGACUUGAAAAAGUAUAAUUAAUUAAAUUGUUUGAAAAAGCGUGUAUAAAACGAUACAACGAUAUGAGCAAAAAAAUGUCAGUCAGUGUGACGAUCAAUGGUAAUCCUGUUUGUGUAAGACCCAGCCAAAUGUUUCUCUCCGAUACGGAGCAAAUUAAAAAAAAUGAGCGCGAACGAAGAAGGAGGUUACGCCUUGAACAGGUUCGACAACAAUCUAAAAAAUUGUCUUCUGAAGUACUUAAAAGAGCCAAGAGUGCAGCCAAAAAAGAGCUCAAUAAAUGGGAAAAAGACUGCAAAUUCGAAUUAAGAAAAAUGCAUGAUAUGAAAAUAAUGGAAAUUCAGAGAAAAUUGCAAGAAGAUAUGGAUGAUAUCGGUUUGGCGCAUAAUUCGGCAGCUCUGCAGCCCAAUGUUGAUGAAAUAAUUACGGCGGAUCAACAGCACAAUCGAAUCUGUGCCACUGAAAGAGGCAAAGAAGCGAUGCAACGUUUGAAAGAAUGUUCUCAACAACCAGAUUCAGCAGCGGUACGUCAAGAAAGAUUGCGUCAAGUCAGAGAAGUUGAGAACAUCAGAUCGUCAAUGGUUGCACAAUUAUCCAAUAAAAUGUGCAUUACAGGAGAAAACAACGGAGACACCAAUUCGUCCGAAGUUGAUGAAAGUGUUGUGGAAAAAACUAUAAUAGCAUCUCCAAAAAAGAAAAAACACAAAAAGCUUGUUAGAAAAAAAUCGCCUGGGAAGGUUGUUUCGAAAUCGAAUGUGAAGGUUGUUAGUCAACAUUCUAAAGCCAAGUCCCAGAGACGUGUUGCUGAAGUCGACAAAGGAAGUUCAAAGUCCCCUAAACGAACGACGACCUCGAAAAGUAGAAAACCCGCCAAUGCGACCAUAGAAAGUUCAGAAACAACGAAAAAGAUCGAAACAGAAAUCGAAUGCCCAAAUCCAAAUUGCAAUCGUGACAGUGAGGAUCGGGAGCCCCGCAAAACCGCACCUACGACAAAAAUGACUCCGACGAAGGCUGACAAAGUCGCGAGGUACAACCCGAACGAUUACAAACAAAAAACGUCUGCAUCAAACAGUAGUAGUUCGAGUAGUUCAGUGAGCGACGAUUCGUCGUACUUUUCGGACGGUUGCAGUGAAUUGGUAAUACCGAAAACAACAUUCAAGCCCCAAAAACCAAUUUUACCGAGCAAAAUCCAAGUUUAUGACCAUAGUACGCGGCAAAGAAAUUCUUAUGACCAGCCGAUCGGUCUGGUCGAGAGACUUGACUUGAGAAAUGAACCGAACGCGGUAGAAGCAGCCUGCGAACUCAUCGAAGCAGAAAGUCUUGAAUCGAGUUUGCUCGAAAGUCGGAGAAUAGCGGCUCAAAAAAGAGACAACGAUUCGAUGCUGCGUCAGUGUGUCAGGCGGGAUUAUAACGAAAUGUUGAAAAAUUCUGAAAACAAAGCUCGCAAUGACGAAAUAAAAAACCCUACGGUUUGUACAAAUCAGCACAAUGUAGAAUCACGAAGGAAGCACUACGAAACGGAACGUCACAGAGGCCAAGAGCCGGUGUGUGAAAUUAUUCUCCACGAUACAGAACAACCUGGACCCUCGCGACUUGAGGAUUUGGAUGAAAGAUCGAUAAGAAUUUCUUCUCGGGAUGAUCGAGAACGUCCGACAGUUUGUACGCGAUCGCACCGACAAGAACCGAUUUACGAGCGACCACCAUGUUGCGUGAGACACGACAGCGCCGAGGAAAUCCUCAAAACAUGGAGCAACCUAGAAUGGAUUAAAAAAAUUGAACAACAGAAGAGGCUUUUGUUACGUGAGUUUGGAGCAGAUCUUCCAAGCACUAUUUUCAAUGCGAGCAUGACUCCGCUUUUCGAGAGUCGGCAAACUACCUCGGUCGAACGUCAGACAGCGUCGACUGCGGAAAAGCAACCACCACCAGAAAUUAAGACGAUUAAUAUGUCGAGUUCGGACGAAAACGCGAAGAGAACGUCCACCGGCAAGAAGAGAUCCAAGAAAACGAAGGCUCCAGUUUCUAAAACGACAGAAACGGCGGUCCAAACAUCAACGAUGGACGAGAUCGGUGCGGCCAAAGACAAGAGCGUGCAGGUAGAAAUUGUGAGAGAAGAUUGCAAAGAACCGAGACGCAAAUCUGAGAGCCCUCAAAGCGUGACUCAAGCUUCGGAAAAUCUGGAAUACGUGGAGCCCCGAGUGAUCGUUUUAACGCCUCCGGAAGCUUGUAACUCUAGCAGUGGUUCCUCGAUCUCUCGAGAUAUCUUAAUCGAGCUUGACAACCAUCAGGUCAAGGUAACCCCGAAGAAGCGAAAAAGUUUAAUGGAAAAAAGUGCCAAGCGUAGGUCUCCCGUCCGCUCGAAACCUCGUUCUUUACCUUCGAGCCAUCCUGGAUCUCCGGUAAAAAAACAUCCGACAUCAGCUCCGUCCUCGCGUUGCGCAAGUCCUAAAAAACACAACUCCGGACGUUCCACGCGAUCGCGAACUCCGGAGAAAGUUGUUGAUAUCGUUGUCAAUAAAGGAACGGUUAAAGUUCAAACGGGGGUUAUUGAGAACUCGAGUCACGAGAGCACUAUGCCUGAUUCGACACCGGAAUUCCAAGAAAAUGGUACGACCGCGGGCAAAACUUAUCGCAUUUUCAAACACCCAACUGUAAAAAAAGUUUCGGAAACGAGCAGAGAUGCCUCCGAUACUUCGACCUCUUACGCCAGUUUGCCAGCUAAAACAGCCCCUCGAUAUCCCUCAGCCAGACACCAAAUAACUCCGAUUUUGGAAAUGCUUGAUUCUUCGGCAAAUGAUAGUGUUCGAGAUGGUAGAAUGAACGUGAGCCCGGUCUCAACACCGGACACACCUUCGCCUCGUAUUAUUAAUGUUCCGUCGAACAUGCCGCGUCCUGAGAGAAUCGGUCGAAUUCUCAAGUUCGAUAAUUCGACAAUCGUCGAAACACCGGAUCCAAACGGCACACUGUUUUCUUCGACGCAACACGAACACUCCUCCUCUGAUCCAUCCUAUUCACAAGAUAGAAACGGAAGACUCGUUAGUGCGAAUUCACGACGUUCUGCAAAAUCUUCCGAUCAUUGCUCGUGUGCUAAUCCAACUUGCAAACUUUUGCACGAUAAUGUCAACGACGUUCAGGAUUAUGCGUCGACCAAUCACCCCGAGGUUCUAGAAAAAUAUGAAGAUCUUCGGAAUGUCUGCACCGAAAGAAUUGCCUCACUUACGGAACUCAUUCGAAAAGUUCGAAACGAACAACACGGUAUGGAAUUUUCCAUGAUAAGUCCAGCGGACGAGACAAGUCUAAUGCAGCUACCUCCUCCGAAACCGUAUUGCAGCGAUUUUCAAAGUGUCCAAAGACUGGUCGAGAGUAUCGAAGCGAUUCACAGUAAAUUGGCGCGAACUCUGCGAGAAUCUCAAAAAAUAAUAACCGAGGGUACGAUGCAGAAUUCCGAGACAUCACCGAAUCCUGAAGGUCCGGCAAGUUCGACUUCGUACGAAACGAAAUCGAAAGGCUCGACAAGCACGAGUACCGAGGAAACUCCAGUACCACUGUAUUCUUCAAAAACAAAACCGAGAAUAGUUUCAAACGAGGCGAUAAAAAUAGAUCUUGACAGGCUAAAACGAGGACGAGGACCGUACACGACGAUGUUGGUUACAACAGAAAUCGGUUCGUGGCCUUCGCCCGGUAGUACUCCACGUCGUCAUGAAGAAAUAGUUGCAAAAUUGUAUCAAGAAAUUCUGGAGCAGAGCAAAACAGUGGACCAUUCGCAGGAAAACAGUUCUAAUGGUGGCAAUGUAUCUCCAAGCGGCCGGAAAACACCCUCGCCACCACGAAAUCUCGUAGGUGAAAGGAAAUUCAAUUCUCCUCGAAAAACCAUUGAGGACGAAGUCACGAAAGACGGACGGCAAAGCCCGCGGCUUAAAAAAGACGAAGAAUUCGUGCCUUUGUUGGCCGGCAUCCCAAAAAUACCUCGAGCUUUACCAAGUGUGCAAAUGGGUACGCGGCCACGGCCUCCGCCUGCUGGGAAAACUUAUCGAUCCGAAAUAAGUUCGCCGGUUCACGAAUUAUCGACGAUCGUCGAGUUUGAUACACCGGACACAGUGAACCGUAGUCAAGGAAGUACAAGAAGUCCGAGUGGAAAAUCCCGCCGGGUUCUGCAGCUUCAAUCUCCGGCGAAAUCGAAAUCAAGUCCACGUUCGGAUAAAGACGUGAAAACUCAAACAGAUUCUAGAGGAUCUUCCAGCAGAGGUAGAUCAGUGAUAACGGAAAAUAUGCCGCAUACGAUUCCGCGAAAAUUGACAGUGAGAGAUGCAACUUCGCCGGAUCAAAAGUUCGUUAUAAACGGUGAUAAUGAUAGGGCUGUGUCGGAGCGUGCAACGACAAAAUCUCUGUUAUCGCAGGGACCGAUCACUCCAAUAGAGGCAGAAAAAUCGAGGACAAACGGUGAUGGAAGAUCUACGGAAUGUUCGAUAAGCGGUAUUGUGAAAAGUGGGGAAAAACCGAAACGAGAGGAGGCUUCGAAAACAGAAAGUAACGAAAGUGUUGACGAUAAAUUGGCUACACUCUUGGCGAACAAACUGAACAUAGAUUCGGGGCUUGGACGUGAGAAUAAAAAUGAAAAAUUAAUUUCCACGAGUUCUAACAGUUUUUCUGGAUUAUCCGGUAUUUCUGAAAUCGUUAGUAGCCCAACGUCGGACUUGGUCAAAUGGGCAUCGUCCUCCGAGGAAAUUGAAACUGCCCUGAAAAAAAUGGGACUCGGAUGGGCGAUUGUUACUUUGAAAAAAACUCGAGAAGCUAGCGCUCUCAGUUCAUCCUCAAAUUCUGAUUUAACUCCUAUUAAUAUUGCUAGACGAACAAAAUCACCGAGUAAAAAACCAAUUACCGAUGAAAAUCUCUGUGGCUUACCAGAUUUCAUUAGCGAUGUCUCUUCCAUAUCGAUCAAAGAAGCUAGUAAAAGUACCGAAAGAGCUGUACUCAUGAAAGCACGUACAUCAACACCGAACAUACAAAAUUCGCUUUCCACGAGUGAAAAGUCAGCCUCUGCUACGACCAGCUCGUCGGGUAUUAGUGUACAAGAUCAUAGCGAUAGUUUGACUGCUCCUAAUAUUUCACUCACUAAUAAUAAACGGUGAGAAUGAAAGAAUAUAUAAAAAAAAAAUGUCUUUGAGAAGACUGCUGCACAAUUUAAUCGUGAAAAAUGAGAAUUUUGAUAUGUAUUGGAGAAGUCGUGUCCGCUCGAGGUCAACUUCACGUAUUAUAUCUUUUAUAAAUUGAUGUAUAUUUAUGAAAACUUACUGCAAUAUUGCUCACCUUUUGAUGGGCAAUUGUAAACCAAGUUAUACAUAUUCACCGGCAAAAUACUUAUUUUCUGUAUGCUCAAUCUUAUUCUAAUAUAAUUGUACCGAUAUAAAUGAAAUAAAAUGAAUUUUGAAAUCUGUCA